AUGCAGUUGCCUCCAUUAACGCGCGCAUUGUUGCCCGUUCAGUCGCGGGUGAAGGAGUCGGUGGUGAAGCAGCCGGUGGUGAAGGAGCCGGUGGAGAUGGCGUCGGUGGUGAAGGAGCUGGUGGUGAUGGCGUGGGUGGUCAUCCCAGAAAGCGCAAGCUUCAGCAGGUUGUCACAAUCUCGGAUCGAGUUCGGGUGA